AUGGAUUACAACAGUAUUGAUGAAGAUGAUGUUGACAAUUUAAGACUAGCAGCUCUUAUGACGUUAAAAAAGAAAUCACAUUUACCAAUAAAUACAGGAACUAGUGUAUCAGAAAAAUGUUUUCUGCAUAAUAUAUUGGCACAUAGUAGUUCCCGGGCUAGUUCCUACAAUAUUCCUGCAAGAAACAAUGGAGGUUGGUUUCCUUCAUCAAAUAAAUCGUUCAGUAAACGUUCAUCAAGCCAUGUAAAUUUAAAAAAAUCAGUUUAUCCCAAUAGUAAUUUGAUUUCUAUUGUACCAUCUGAUAUUGAAUGUGAUUUUCACUCUGAUUUAACUAAUUCUACCCUUCCUCUUAAUUCUGAGGUUGAAAAGUCAUCGAAUAUUCAUAAUUCAAGUAAUGAAGUUUCCACUAAGUUCAGCAGAUUAGAACAUGAAUCUGAUUCUGAAGAAAGUGAUGACAGUGAACCAGAAAUAAAUGAAAAAGAAGAAUCAGAUGAUUGUGAUAUUGUAUCAUUGGGAGCAAAAGAUAAAGAUUUAGAUGACCUCGACACAUUAAUGGAUAUUAUAGAGGCUGAAAUUGCUGAUGGAGUGAGUGAAUCAUCUAUAAAUGAAAGUUCAAGUUUAAAAAUAAACAACGAUACUGUGAUAAAAAAUGCUACUGAAUUGAAUACUAACAGAAAUGAACAAAUUGCAUUAAAUCAACCAAAGAUAAUUGAAGACUCUAAAUCACAGUUAAAUCCAUCUAAAGAAGAACUUGAAUCUAUAAUUACUCUAGAAACCAAUACAAACUCUCCAUCUCAAAGUAGUUUGUUGAAAUCAUCUGUUGUUUUGAAAUCUCCACUCCCAUCUAAUAUAAAAAGAUCAAUCUCUUCUCAUACUAAAUAUUUAAAUAGAUGUUCUACUACAGUUAGUCAUUCAAUGCCUCAACAUACAUCUUUAUCACCUAGAAAAUUAUCACCAAUAAAAGAAAAAAUUCUUUCCCCAGUACGAUGUUCUCCUCCAAAAUCUCAGAACCCUUCAUCAUCUCCAAAAAAAACACAAGUCAUAUCGCCUGAUAAUAGAAGACAAUCUCAAUUUAUUAGAAAAAGGAUACCCCUCAAGAGGAAAUCAAGAUCACCAGAUAAUAGCUAUCCUAUGAAAAAAUCAAAUAGCCCAAUUAAGAAACUAAAGAGAUCUAGACAAAUAUCUCCUACUAUUCGAUGUGCUGAUAAUAAUAAUUAUUUACAGAAAACAGUUAAACUUAAGCUUGUUGAUAAACAAGUGGAAAUGAGACCAUUUGAUCCUCCUUUAGAACAGGUACUCGAUGUUAAAAAUUUAUCCAUACAACAUACUGAUUCUGUUGAUCUGAGAACAGAACUAAAAAGACGAAGAGCUCUUCGACUAAAUAUGAAUGAAAUGGAUUUAAAGAAAAAAUCAGAAUCAUUUUAUCCUACUCGUUUGUUACAGUCUGCAAUUAGAGAUGCAGUUGAUUCAAGUGCUCAUGGAGUGAAAAGAAAGAAAUAUUCUAACAAACCAGGAAUAAGAGUACAAACUGAAGGUAAUUCAAAUGGCCGAAGAGUCAUCUUACUUUCAGAAAAUCAAUAUAGUUAUUAUAAUGAUGAAGUAGACUCUUAUUCAAGUGCAAAGAGACUAAAAGGCAAUUGCAAGAAAGUGCCACUUCGUUUUCGGGUAACAGGUGUUUCUAAUAAUAACAUGAAACAAAAAGGAUUAAAGAAGAUCAUUAGGCAAAACAUUAAUGUUACAGAUAUAGAUCAGAAACAUCAAUUUCCAAAGGAAUAA